AACUUGGAAGGCAAGGUCCAGAAAUUCUCCACCAACAUCACAAUUUUCUUCCAUCAUCAUGGCACUUUCCCGAUGCCGUCACGGUCAUAUUCGCUGAGGAUCGACCAGCUUCCGCUGAAGAGCGGCGAACAAUUGCUUGAAUUUCAGUAACCUGGAAUCUGACGAUACGGAAUGGAGCAACAUUUAAAUUGUAAUGUGCAAGAGUGUGGUGCGCAGCUCACAGGGCAGGCGGUGGUGACGGUGUGCAGCCAUGCCAUAUGUCCGCGAUGCGCAAACAACCACGGGUUUGCUGGGCAAGCACCUUACACUUGCCCCAUUUGCAGCCAGCCUCUGAGCGCCUCCGAAGUAUGCGAGCAGCUUCUCCAGCCCUCAGAAGAAUGGAAAUCCGUAGCCCUGAGCGGACUUGGUCCCACCGUCGUCAUGGAGUGCGCGGGGAGAGCCCUGAGCUUCUGGUCAUAUCAGAUGACAAACCAAAUCUCAUCCCAGGCGCGGAGAAACAGCAAACUGAAAGAUUACUGCGCCGAGCUUCAGGGGGAGAUUGAGAAUAUAUGGGGUCAGGCCAACCAGAGGAUUACCACUCUCACUUCAAAGAUACGAGAUAUGGAACGCGAGGAACACACUCUGAGACGCCAGUGUGAGGACCUCCGCCUCACAUUAGAGAGCCGGACCAGGGAACUCUCACAAUCGCAAGAGCUGUACAGUAAGUUGAAGCGAAGGGUUUUGCUCAACCAAACUCAGGAGACACCGCCCAGCGUUUCGAGAUCGCGGACCCCCAUACAACCAACCACCACUGUAGACACAGGUCACGGACAGGCCCAGUCACAGUUACCACGUGCUAUAUCGUCAGUUGGUACCAGGACGGGGGUCGCCAAUUACUUUCCGGCCAGCCCUGGAUACUCCAAACCCCAAAACUCGACCUCUCUAAUGGACUGGAAUCAAUCAGUGCCUUCCCGGUCAAUGCCUGCUACACCAUCCAGCAACUUGCCCGUUAGAAACCCGAGGUCCUUAGCCUUUGUGUCUACGCCCAGGACGGGGGUGGAGGCGGCAUUAAACGUCCCAAGGUCAGGUCGAUUUCAUCAAACAGCGAACGCUGUUCCCAUUAAUGCCACAGAUGGGCUAAGAGGGUUCCCGGAAGCCAGAUCAGGUGUUUCUGAUGUAAGGCGUCCGCUUGGCGGCUCUGCAUCGGACAUGCCCAGGCCCCUUCUAGGGAGGACAGAAGCGGUUUCAGUCGUACCCCGCAACUCUCCGCAGUCGACGGCAAGACGGACAUCGCAACAAUUUGAACUUCCAGGCCCGAUACUUCGCCGUCCUUGACCUGAUUUGGUUCCUUGCUCGAACGCCAAUGUUGGUUUGGGCAGUUGAAACGACACUGAAAGAUGCGAGAGGCCGCCCGGGCCCAAGGGACGCGGUGCUACCAUCUUCGGCAUUCACGAUAUCCGGGUUGGCAGAUGUUUCUGACGUUUAGUGCUCCUAUCCUAAGAAAGCUCUUGGGCAUACCUGACACACGGACUAGACGAUGAGGCUGAGUUUUCAGGGGCCCGCUUUUCGAAUGCCGAACUCCUUGCGAGCUUGCGAUAUCACCGAAGCCGCGCUCCCCGCAAGCG